AUGACUGACCCUCACGGCAGCGCCGCCAUCAUCUGCGGUUCCUUCGCUGAGAGGAUGCGCUACAGCGCCAUGCUCAUCUUUAUCGCCAUGUGGCAUCUCCUCGUCUACUGUCCCGUCGCGCACUGGGCAUGGGGACCUGGCGGGUUCCUGGAAGAGGCAGGAUGUCUGGACUUCGCAGGAGGGGACGUGGUACAUGUAAGUGCUGGGGUGUCCGGCCUCAUCGCUUCCAUGCUGGUGGGCAAGCGCCGGUCGCUACAUCUUGGGCAGGAGCUUUCUCCGCACAACGCUCUCCUCGUCUUCCUCGGAGCCUCCCUGCUGCUUGCUUCCCGCUCUUGCCAUGUCCCCCUGACGUUCGGAACUUGCCUCUACCAGAUAUCGACCUUGAAGCACAGCAAGGAUCAGAAGACGGCGAUGAACGAGCUAAAGGAGUCGAUGGAGGAUCAGAAGGCGUUUGCAAACGUGCUCAAGUAG